GUGGCUUCAUGGCGUGCUAUAUUGAAACAUUUGUGUUGUCGAUAUCUUCACGAAAACGGUGUACAAAUAGUGUGCGGUAGAGUCUCUGUGAGUGGGAAGAGCACCUUAUCAUACAAAUGUGUAUCCAAAGGAUAUUUUAGCCCAUGACAUCACUGUGUCGCUGUUUACAUGUAAAACAGUUAUCCAGACAUCCUCAAGGGCACAGGUGAAGCGAGCAUUAAAGAUACGUCAAGACCAGACGUCUCUGCAGGAUAUCAACGAUCGGGACUGAAGUUCCAGUUUCUCCAUCCCCAACAAUUCGUAAUUAUGAUCAAGAACAACGUUUUACUACUUGUCUGGGUGUGCGUCGCCUGGAUGAUUAUUUACAACAUAUAUUUGGUUUCACGUGGUUUCACGACAAAUGCAUUUCACUCGGGGAAGAUUGAAGAUCUCAACCAGCCUUUGCUACGUCAGUGGAGCAAUAUUUCAAAAAGUGCAUCAAGUAUAAAAACUUCGACAGACACAAAUAAGACUCUUCCCAAUUCGUGUCCUUCGAUAUCGCCAAACCUAGUAGGGAAUAUUACUGCACGGAUGGAGGCUUUGCCGUUUGAGGAACUUGAAAUGCGCUACACAGAACUAAAACCCGGUGGUCGUUUCAACCCUGCUGGUUGUACGUCCCGUCACCGAGUGGCCAUCAUCGUUCCCUAUCGCGACCGAGAGUCCCAUCUCAAGGUUCUCCUCAACAACCUUCAUCCCAUGUUACAACGACAGCAACUAGAUUACGGCAUCUACGUUGUGGAACAGGCUUUACCAACCAUUUUCAACAGAGCCAUGUUAAUGAACAUUGGAUACAAAGAAGCACUGAAGGACUAUGAUUUUCAGUGCUUUAUCUUCCACGAUGUGGAUCUCAUUCCAGAGAAUGACAAAAACCUGUAUACAUGUCCUGAGAAUCCACGUCAUAUGUCAGUUUCCAUUGACAAGUUUCAUUAUAAACUUUAUUAUGAAAACGCAUUUGGAGGGGUGACUGCUCUAACCAAAGAACACAUGAACAAAGUCAAUGGCUUCUCUAAUAGAUACUUUGGCUGGGGCAAGGAAGAUGAUGACAUGCUUAAAAGAGUUAAAAAAAGUGGUUUGGUAAUGUCUCGCCCCGCAGCAACCGUUGCUCGAUACAGGAUGAUAAACCACAGUAGAGACGCAAAAAAUCCACUGAACAAAUCUGGAUUGAAACUUGUUAACCAGGCAGAAAAGUUCAUGACAACCGAUGGACUAAAUUCACUCAGUUAUAAUGUUUUGCAAAGGGAGUAUAAAAAACUGUACACUUGGGUCUAUGUACAGGUUGAUGACAAACAUAAGAUCUAAACGCCAUGGACAGAGGAGUGAUGUCUAGUUCACUUUUUCAAAUACCACUUUCACAAAAAACAAUUUAUACAGAGCAUUUGGAAGUCGACCCAGACCAUUCGACCUGCUGAUUGGCCAAGAAGGUUACAUAAAACGUAGUCUGAAAUAAUAAAGAAAUCAAUAUUUUUACAAAUAAAAA